AUGUCGCGAGAAAACAAUGCAACAGGUGAACAUGAGGCGCUAUUGAACGCUAGCGAGGUCGUUCCCUCAUCCUCACGGAACUAUUCGACUCUAGAUAACGCGGACUCUUAUCACAAACCGACGCCAGGAGAAGCAACACAUUCAGAAGCUGACAAAGAGAAGCUUAUCGUGCAUGAUCAAUCUGACGAUCUUGAGCGCUCAUAUUCGUUAGUGGAAGAGUUGGGAGAUGGUGAUGUUUCCUUGUACGAGAAGAAAUGCCUACUUGUCAACCGUGAAAUCGAUCUCAUGGGCAUGGGACGAUAUCAAUGGUCGAUCUGGGUGUUAUGUGGGGCAGGUUACAUGAUUGACCUGAUGUGGGCACAAGCAUUUGGACUCGUUUUGUCACCAAUGCAGCAAGAGCUUGGGUUUGGGGCUGAUCAGACAGGUCAACUCUCCACGGCCUUCUCAAUCGGACUUACAGCCGGUGCGUUCGUUUGGGGUGUCCUAGUGGACGUCAUCGGACGCAAGUUCUCUUUCAACCUGACGGUCUUCUUUGCUUGCAUUUUCGGAACCUGUAUCGGAGCCCCAAGCAGCUACAACGGCAUUCUCAUUCUCACGGCCUUUACUGGGUUUGGCGUUGGAGGCAACAUUCCAAUCGACACAACCAUUACUUUGGAAGCAACACCGCAGAGCAAACGCUACCUUCUGCCUUUAUUAUCCAUCUUCCAGCCAAUUGGGGUGGUUAUCUGUUCAGUUCUGGCAUACGGUUUCAUACCCAACUGGUCCUGUAGCCCCAACUUUUCAGAGGGUGCUCGAGCUCUGCCUGCAUGCGGAAUGGUGGCCAAAGGAGCCGCAUGUUGCUCGAGAGAGGACAACAUGGGAUGGCGGUACCUGUUGUUCACUCUGGGAGGCGUCACUAUUGUUGUGUUCCUUCUCCGUUCAGUUCUCUUCGACUUCCAAGAGUCCCCCAAGUUCCUCAUCUACCGAGGAAAGGACGCCGACGCUAUCAAAGUGCUACAAACUAUAGCUCAGUACAACAAUACCACAUGCAGGUUGAGACUAGAGGAUCUCGAAUCUCUGGAACGCCAAUUCGAAUCCGCUCGGAGCAUUGGACCCACACUUGGAGGCGGUGCCAAACAGCUAGAGUCUACGUGGGGUGAGAAGCUCAAACUAGAAGGCGAUCGUUUCAAGCUCCUGUUCUCGAACUUCCAGAUGACGAGGCUGACGCUCUUGGUAUGGCUGACGUACAUUUGUGACUACUGGGGAUUCACAGUUGCGGGUACUUAUCUCCCGCAGAUUCUAGCGGUGAAGAAUGGCGCUCUGGAUCUUUCCCUUCGCUACACGUACCGAUCCUACAUCUUCAUCUAUCUCCCUGGUGUCUUUGGCGUUGUCCUCGGGACGCUAUCUUACCGAGCAUCGCGAGUAGGCCGCAAGUGGACUAUGGUUGUUUCUUCUGCGUUGAUGGGUAUCUCCAUCUUCCUCUUCAGCAGCGUCAAUUCCGCGGGGUCAAACAUCGGAUUCAAUGUCAUGGAGUAUUUCUUCCAGUCCAUGUUCAACUCGGUCUUGUACGGAUGGACGCCUGAAGCUUUCCCAGCACCGAUCAGAGGCACGGCGUGUGGUAUCGCAAGUUUCUGGGGCAGACUCUUUGGCAUUGUCAGUCCGCUCAUCGCGCAACAUUUAUAUGCCGGCGGAGGUACAGGAAGGGAUAUCAACAGUGUGCUAUACCUGGCUGGUGGCGUGACACUGGGCUGUGUCAUCACAACGGCACUACUACCUAGCCAACUCGUGGGCAGGCAGAGUUUGUAG